GACCUGUUGACAAGAACGACCUUGCCAGUCAGUGCAGUCCGCAAGCACACAAGGCAACACACACUCUCUCCUACAAGUCCUAGUCAAUCAUGGGCGACCGUAAAUUUUUCGUAGGAGGAAACUGGAAAAUGAAUGGUGAUAAGAAAUCCAUAGAUGAAAUCAUCAAGUUUUUAAAGGAGGAACCAUUGGAUCCAGCGGCAGAAGUAGUUGUGGCCCCUCCAGCACCCUAUAUUGAUUAUGUUUCUCAAAAACUGAGUUCAAAGGCAGCUGUGGCAGCACAGAACUGUUACAAAGAAGCCAGUGGAGCUUUCACCGGAGAAGUUAGCCCUGGCAUGAUCAAGGACUGUGGUGGUACAUGGGUCAUUCUGGGACACUCAGAAAGGAGGCAUGUCUUUGGAGAGUCAAAUCAGUUGAUUGGAGAAAAGGUCAAGUUUGCCCUUAAUGCAGGCCUCAAUCUCAUCCCCUGUGUUGGUGAGAAGCUGGAAGAGCGUGAAGCUGGGAAUACAGAAGCUGUUGUCUUUGAACAGAUGAAAGCCAUUGCUGAUAACACCAGUGACUGGAAACGUGUGGUGAUUGCCUAUGAACCUGUCUGGGCCAUUGGAACAGGUAGAACUGCAACACCAGAGCAGGCUCAGGAAGUGCACAAGGCCAUCAGGAACUGGCUGGCCAAGAAUGUCUCAGAAUCUGUGGCUAAAUCCACAAGAAUAAUUUACGGAGGAUCUGUUAAAGGAAGCAAUGCUAAGGAAUUGGCUGGGAAGGCUGAUGUAGAUGGUUUCCUGGUUGGAGGAGCCUCUCUAACUCGAGAUUUUGUGGCAAUUGUUAAUGCAAGAAAGCAUGAAAGUGGACCUCUUGAUUGUUGCAUGUCUGUUAAGACCAGCUCUUAGCCUGUCGUAAAGCUGUAGGCUAUCAGAUCUUGGUGAACCAUUUAGCAGUUUAAUAUUUGGAACCGCGAAAUCCCUUAGGUCAACAAAAGACCUGCAAUAAAUUUGUAAGUUAUUUUUUAUUUCAAAAGUCCUCAGCUUUGCUUACCACGACUUAGAACCAAUAAACUGAAAACACGAAAGACCAUAAAGCUUGAGCUUUUGUACCUGUCAGCAUAAGAGUUCACAUUGUCUACUCGUUCAUGUUAAACCAGAGGUGAAUUUGUGUUGUGGCCUCGUUCUAGUGGAAAAUUUGCCUUCAAGCAGUCCAACAAAGAUAUACAUCUGUUCAAUCUCACUGCACUGCAUCGCACCAAUGUGCAGAGCACAAAAUCUGACAAAGCACAGCAAAUAAUCUAGGGGAGAUUUUUCUUCUCUCUAGAAGAGGCAUACAUGUAACUGUGCCUCUAGGUGUCAUGUGACAGUGUUUUGAUCCCUUCACCUUUAGUGGAUGUGUUCUGCACAAUUCUAGCUAAUAAACUUAUUUGAAGCUUGA